UUAAGGAAAAAGAAAAUGAGUGUAAUCUCCGGCGUGAUUUCGAGGCAAAUCUUUCCGGCAUGUGGCCGGAUGUGUGUCUUUUGCCCUUCGUUGCGCGCACGGUCCCGGCAGCCGGUCAAGAGGUAUAAGAGGUUGAUUGCCGAAAUAUUUCCUCGCAACAAGGAGGACGGACCAAAUGAUCGCAAGAUCGAAAAACUGUGUGAAUAUGUUUCAAAAAAUCCUUUACGCAUCCCAAAGAUCACUGAUUCCCUUGAGCAAAGGUUCUACAAGGAGUUGAGAAAUGAGAAUUUUCUGUCGGUGAAAGUCGUCGUUUGCAUUUACAAGAAGUUGUUGCUCUCUUGUCCGGACCAACUGACACUAUUUGCUACUAGUUUACAGAGCAUUAUACAGACUCUGCUGGAUCAAUCACGGCAGUAUGAGAUGCAAAUUCUAGGAUGUCAGACUCUUUUCGACUUUGUAAUUAAUCAGAAGGAUAGUACUUUUUUGUCGAACUUAGAAGGCUUUAUUCCGAAAGUUUGUCAGUUAGCUCAAGAAAUUGGCGAAGGUGAAAGGGAGACAAAUCUACGUUCAGCUGGCCUGCAAGCAAUUUCUUCAUUGAUUUGGUUAAUGGCUGAACUCUCGCACAUUUCAGUGGAAUUUGAUAAUAUUGUUUCAAUUGUCUUGGAAAACUAUGGAGUCCCAAAGAAAAAUGUAGAGGACCUUAAUGGUGGCCAAACUCGAUGGGUGCAAGAAGUGCAAAGAACGGAGAGUCGUGUCACUCCCUCGCGAAAAGUUCUCGUAGAAGUUCCUUCAUGGCGGAGAAUCAUAAACGACAAGGGCGAACUAAACGUUGCAGAGGAAGACACCCGGAAUCCCUGCUUCUGGUCCAGGGUUUGCUUGCAUAACAUGGCGAAACUUGCAAAGGAAGCUACUACAACACGACGUGUUCAUGAGUCUGUGUUCCGGUACUUUGAUAAGGAAAAGUUAUGGUCCGCUCAAGAGGACGGUCUCGCCUUGCUGGUCUUGAGGGAAAUGCAGAUUUUAAUCGAUGGUUCUGGACAGAAUGCACACUUUCUGCUGUCCGUACUUGUUAAGCAUCUCGAUCACAAAAACGUCCUAAAACAACCUGACGUGCAACUUCAAAUUGUGGAGGUUAUAACAUCCCUUGCUCGAGAUUUGAAAGUCGAGGCGUCGGUAGCUAUACUUAGUGCAGUUAGCGAUGUUAUGAGGCAUUUACGAAAAAGCAUACAUUGUUCACUUGACGAUGCAACUAUGGGAACUGAAAUCAUAAAUUGGAACAAGAACUUCAAAGAAGCAGUGGAUGAUUGUCUUGUACAGCUAUCGCAUAAGGUUGGUGAUGCAGGUCCAAUUCUUGAUGCUAUGGCUGUGAUGUUGGAGAACAUCCCGAAUGUUACAGUUAUAGCAAGAACUACGAUCCGCGUCGUCUAUCGCACCGCUCAAAUCAUAGCCUCACUUCCUAAUCCAUCCUAUCUAAACAAGGCAUUUCCCGAGGCUUUGUUCCAUCAAUUACUCCCGGCUAUGGUUCACCCUGACCAUGAAAUACGGAUUGGAGCGCACCGUAUCUUUUCUGUUGUUCUUGUGCCAUCUUCAGUUUGCCCUCAACCAUCCUCUGGAUUAAUGAAGAAAGCCUCUGGCAUUCCGAGAACGCUUUCAAGAACUGUCUCCGUGUUUUCUUCUUCAGCUGCCCUUUUCGAGAAGCUAAGGAAAGAGAAAUCCUUCUCAAGGGAGAAUGCUUGUCUAGUGAAUAAAGAGACUGCUGCGAAUGAGGAGCAACAAGUAAACAGUCAAAAUGGGAUUCUGAUCAAGUUAAAGUCUUACAGUAGAGCAUACGGUUCAAGAAGUCCGCUGGUUUCUUCGGCAAUAGACGAAAAUCCUCCAAGCAAUUCAAAUACAGCAUAUGAGGCAAAUUCCUUACGGCUCAGUAGCACUCAGAUUAGUCUCUUGCUUUCAUCGAUUUGGGCACAGUCUAUUUCUCCUCAAAAUACACCACAAAACUAUGAAGCAAUCGCUCAUACGUACAGCCUCGUGUUGCUCUUCUCUCGAGCCAAGAAUUCUAGUAACGAGGCUCUUGUUCGUAGUUUCCAGCUAGCUUUGUCACUGAGAAGCAUCUCUCUCGAUGAAGGAGGUACACUUCCUCCAUCACGUCGUAGAUCUCUGUUCACCUUAGCUACUUCAAUGAUCCUCUUCUCAUCGAAGGCAUUUAAUAUUCUUCCUAUUGUCGAUUGCAUCAAGGCUGCUCUUACAGAAAUAACGGUUGAUCCAUUUUUGCGCUUGGUGGAUGACCGAAAGCUACGGGCGGUUAACACCAUCCCCGACCAGCCUACAAACGUUUAUGGAUCUAAAGAAGAUGAAACUUCGGCUUUAAAAACUCUCUCGGAAAUUCGGAUAACCCCGGAACAAAGUAGGGAAACUCUUGCCUCUGAAAUCAUGAAAAGCUUGGGAGAUUUGUUUGAGCCUGAAUUGUCCGUUAUACAGGUGCAGCUGCUGAGCGAAUUCUCGCCCGACGAUGUGUGUCCACUAGGUGCUCAGUUACCUAUGGAUGCUCAGCAUAGAGUAUAUAAAGCUGGAGCAGGAGAGAAUAAGUCUAUUGAGGGAGCUUCGAUUUUGUCAAUAGAUGAUGACUACGACGACGACUACGACGACGAUGCUUUUCUAGAACCAUUUGAAAGUCAAGCCAAGGAUAGUUCAGAGUUUUCUGGAGAAAUUUCUAGACUUGAUGGUGUCAAUCAACUCCUGGAAUCGGUAUUGGAGACGGCAUAUCAGUUCGGAAGAAGUCCGGUCUCCACAGGUCUGGACAUGUCUUACAAGGAAAUAGCCUGUCAUUGCGAAGAACUCAUGACGGGGAAGCAACAAAAGAUGUCUCCUCUGAUGAAUACCCGACCGAGACAAGAAAGCUCGAUUAGUUUCUCUUUUCAACAUCCAGAUAACAUGGCAAUACAGGUGGAACCGGUCCUCGAGCAAAUCAACAGUACUAAUCCAUUCAAACAACUGGUUGACGUUCUUCCGAUGCCGUGUGCAACUGAGUACCAUAAUCAUCCCCCAUUCUUCAGUUUACCAGCCUCGACUCCAUAUGAUAACUUUCUAAAAGCUGCCGGAUGUUGAUCCUCCAGAAGUACAUAUAGAGUUAAAUUUUUUAGCACGAAAUUCCGGCGAUCGUUCCAUGAGGAAGACGGAAAAGGAUUUACAACUAAUUAUUUUAAAGCUCAAAGAUUUCACAGCUUCAACAAAUUAGAAUUGUUGGUUCUUGGUAUGUUUAGGGAAGCAUUUGUGAUUUAGAUUGGUUGAGUUUGUGACUGAUUAGCAUUUAAUUCAUUCAUUUUUACCCCA